CCUCAACAGGCCAUGAUCUCAUAUCAUCCUCACUUUCCUAUACGAGCCGUCCCAACGUGAAGAUAACGCGGCCAUGGAUACAGAGCACAGUAUAAGCCACUCACCACGCGAUCGCGAUCACAAUCCGCCCUCUGAAUCCAGCGCCCGUUCCGCCGCUCCAGACACGGAACCCGAUGACUACCAGGCCAACAGUAAAGCCAGAGGGAAAUUUCGCUUCAAGUCUUCCAAGUCGAAAUCCAGCUCUAAAUCCUCGCGAAAUGAAUCCCACCGGCAUAGUCACAGACACAGACGCCGGCACAAUGAGGAGGACUACCGCGGCCACCGACGACACAAACGCCACAGAACCACAACCCCCCGUUCGCCCUCACCCGGCACUGUCCCGUCCUACCCAGGUGCCCCCUUGUCUCCCAACACGGCCUUUCGUGAAUCUCUUUUCGACGCGCUAGGCGACGACGAAGGCGCCGCGUUCUGGGAAUCUGUUUACGGACAAUCUAUACAUUCAUUCACUCCUCCACCGGUGGGCGAUGGUGAUGGACGGGGUGUACUCGAGCAAAUGGAUGAAGAGGAAUACGCGGCGUACAUACGGGCUGAGAUGUGGAAACGCACGAGGGAGGGGAUGCUUGAAGAGCAGGAGCGCAUCCGCGCGGAGAAGAAGGCGCGUGUACGUGCUGAGAAGGCCGCUGAGGAAGAAGAGGAGAGAAGAAGGUUCGAGAGGGCAAUGGAAGACAGUCUAAGGCGGGGAAUGGAGAGGAAGAGAGCGAAAGAGGUUUGGAGAGUGGCUUGGGAGAAUUAUAUUAGAUCUUGGGAGGAGAUCGAGGAGGCGAGGAGGAAAGGUGACAGCACGGAUGAAGGCAAAACGGUGCGGAAUCUACUCUUUUGGCCCGUGGAGUCUGGAAAGAGGAGGGAUGUCAGCAAAGAAAAUGUGGAGGAGUUUAUGAGACGGGCUCCUCGUCAUCCGCAGUCAUCUGGUUCUCGCUCUGGUGCUGGUAAUGGCACUGCACCUGAGGAUACGCUGCUAUAUACUCUCAAGGCAGAGCGCGUUCGGUGGCAUCCGGACAAGAUCCAGCAUAGGUAUGGUGCAAUGGGAAUUGAUGAGCCCGUUAUGCGGAGCGUUACGGAGGUCUUUCAGAUUAUUGACCACAUGUGGAACGAGCUUAAGAAGUAA